AUGAAGUCCACCCAUUCUCAUGACGUGGUCACUUUCUCCCUGGACGCCCAGGUGGAGUAUGAUCUUUGCAAGCCCUUGUUCAUCGAUCCCCAGGAGCCCUCUCGGUCUCUCAACGCCACCCAGUUUAGAUUCUUGGCGCACAGUCUGAUUGCCGGGCUAAAGGCCCAUGGUCUUGGUCGUGGCGACUGCGUCUUACUCCAUACGGGGAACAACGUUCUCUACACAGCCCUUUUCCUUGCUAUCAUAGGCGCAGGUGGCGUCUACAUGGGCUCCAAUCCACAUAGUCAACUGCAAGAGCUUAAUCACACCGUCUCCCUUACCCAUCCUAAAUGGAUCAUCACCGAGCCAGAGGGACUCUCAACAGUGUGUACCAUUGCUAACAAGCACAAACUGCCUGACGAUCAUAUCAUCCUUCUUGAUGAUGCCACCAUCACUAAGACCAUCCAUUUCGUGCACGACCCAUCCGUACCUCCCCCUCAGACUACAGACAAAACCACCCUCCUCGCCCUUCUGUCGUACGGCACCUCCCCUCCCCUCCCCAUCCCCGACGCAGCAACCGCAGCCUCCACCCCAGCAGCCCUCUACUCCACCAGCGGCACCACCGGCCUUCCCAAAGCUGCCGUGCUCUCCCACGGUUCCCUGAUAGCCCAGCACGCCUCCAUCUCUCAUUCCUCUCCUUACCCUGUGACACGUCUCAUCUCCCUCCCUAUCUUCCACCUCUUCAGCUCCCUCUGGACGCACCUCUUCCCCAUUCGCUACGGGGAACCUCUCUACCUCCUGCGUGACUUCCAAUUCCCUCUCUUCCUGUCCACUGUCCACCGAUAUCAAAUCACCGAAACCUACCUCGUCCCUGCCAUGGUGCACAUGCUCAACCAAGCACCUGCCACUCAGGAUGUCAAAACCCGCCUCUCCUCCCUCCGAUACAUUGGCGUUGCUGGAGCACCUAUCGAUCGUGCCUCAAUGUCUGCCUUCCAGGACUUGUUGCAUCCGGAUGCCUGUGCCGGACAAGUCUGGGGUAUGACAGAGUGUGGAGUUGUCUUCCAACAACGCUACCCUGCCAAUGGCAGACCAGGACAGGGUGACUUGGGAAGUAUUGGACCUAUCACUGCGGGGUGUGAGGCAAGACUUGUGUCUGGUGCUGAAGUGGUCAAGGAUGAUGAAGUCCCGGGACAGCUGUAUGUGAGAGGGCCUGGUCUGUUCACGGGAUACUUGGGACGUAAUGAGUCCAUGGUUGACGCUGAAGGGUGGUUUGAUACGGGCGAUGUGGCGUAUGUCAAGAAUGGGGAGUAUUUCAUCGUGGGCAGGACAAAGGAGCUGAUUAAAGUGCGGGGAUACCAAGUUUGCCCCGCUGAAAUCGAAGCCGUACUGCUCCAGCACCCGCUCAUUGCGGACGUCGCAGUCAUCGGCACCUGUCUAUCGGAUGGGAGUUCGGAGGCUCCCCGCGCAUAUGUCGUCCGAGCAAGAGCCCCCGGUGCUAGAGUUAGUUCCGAUGAGGUGUAUGAUUUUGCACGUCAGCGGUUGGCGGCGUAUAAGGCGUUGGAUGGGGGCGUGUUCUUCGUUGAGAGAAUCCCGCGGACUGUCAGUGGAAAGAUUCAGAGAGGGAAGUUGGCCAGUAUGAAUGAGAGACGAGAUGCGUUGGCAGGGCUGUUGGCGAGAUUUAAGACGAAGGAUGUUGGGGGAGUCAAGGGGAGGGCGUCUGUAGUGGUUUAG